GGGGUGCAGGUAUCUCUUAGUGUUUUUGUUUUCUAUGGAUUAACACUCAGAAGUAGAAUUGUUGGAUCAUGUGGUAGUUUCAUUUUUAACUUCUUGGGGAAACUUCCAUACCAUUUUUCAUAGCGAUUACACCAAUUUACAUCCCCACCAACAGUGCACAAGGCGGGCUCCUCCCCAGGAGGAGGGGAGGAGGAUCAGCCUGGGAUCAGCCUGGUGGUCUUUAAGAGAGAUCCUCCCUGACUUCUCUGCCUGUCACUUCUGCUCGGAAUCCCAGUCUAGCUCACUGACCGGGCAGGAUGCGGGCCACAGCGCUGCUUCUGGUUGUCCUGGCUCCCGUCAUGCAGGUAUCUUCCAACUUCAAGUUAAUCACUAGUGGGACUGGGGAGACUGCUUCGUUCACCUGUGAUCUUACACAAGGGGCCACCUAUAUCCACUUGUACAAACAUGAGGAGGGGACGGCCCCCCGACGCCUUCUCUACUUCGACAGCUACAACUCAAAGCCUGUGCUUGAAUCUGGAAUCAGUGGAGAAAAAUACCAUGUUUAUAAGCGCACAGAAAGGCGCUAUGCAUUUGCAAUCCUAAAUCUGAAAGAAAGUGAUUCUGGCAUAUACUACUGUGUCAUCUGGAAUAAUUACAUAAAAAACUUCAAUGUUGGAGCAAAACUCAUUGUCACAGAGAGAAACCUUGCUGCAGACACUUCCCCCAAGCCCACUAUUUUUCUUCCUUCAAUUGCUGAAAUCAACCAUGAUAAUGCUGGAACAUAUCUUUGUCUCCUGGAGAAAUUUUUCCCUGAUGUUAUUACAGUUUCUUGGAAAGUAAAAAAUAGCAACAGAGUUCUGCCAUCCCAGCAGAGAAAUACCAUGAAGACCAAAGACACAUACAUGAAGUUGAGCUGGCUGACCGUGACCAAAAACUCUAUGGAUAAACAACAUGUAUGUGUUGUCAAACACAUGAAAAAUAUAGGAGGAAUUGAUCAAGAGAUUAUUUUUCCUUCAAUAAAAGAAGUUGUCUCCGCAGUUGUCCCUACUACUGAGCCUCCUACUACUGAGCCUCCUACUACUGAGCCCCCUACUACUGAGCCCCUUACUACUGAGCCCCCUACUACUGAGCCCCCUACUACUGAGCCUCCUACUACUGAGCCCCCUACUACUGAGCCCCCUACUACUGAGCCCCUUACUACUGAGCCCCCUACUACUGAGCCCCCUACUACUGAGCCUCCUACUACUGAGCCCCCUACUACUGAGCCCCCUACUACUGGGCCCCCUACUACUGAGCCCCCUACUACUGAGCCUCCUACUACUGAGCCUCCAGAUGAUUGUUUGACCGAUGAAAGUGAAGCUACAGGUACUGGUUCUAAAAAAGCUUGUCUGAAAGAUAAAAGUGAAGUCACUGCUGAUACUAAUUCUACAAAAUCGUGUCUGGAAGGUGAAAGCAGUACCCUGGAGCUGCAGCUCAUAAACACCUCUGCCUAUUACACCUACCUCUUACUCCUUCUCAUAAGCACAGUCUACUUUGUCAUCAUCACGUCCCGUGUGUUUAGGAGAACAGGCAUCUGCUGUGAUGGGAAGAUCUCGUGACAAAGAGGGCUACCGAGAGGUCAACGUUCCUUCAUCAUCUCCAGUCCCAGAAAUUCUCUGCUUGCUUUCUGUUUUGAGUGAGCUCAGUUCAGAUGUGUAUUUAUCUGUGACGUCAUCAUUGUCCCGCCCCCA